AUGAGUAGAGCUUUACUGAGAGGCGCUGCGUGCCAAUCCUGUCGCCAUGAGAUUUUGCGAUCAUUCAUUGCUGUUACGGGCAUACCGAUGCCUCACAUAACCAUUUCCAGACCUCCUAGUCUCAACUCCAGAGCCUUCUCUGCCGCAUCGCCGUUGCGUUCCGAUCGUCCUCCCGCGUUCAAUCUAUCCGAUAUCAAUCAUUCACCUGUCGAAAAUGAAGAUUUACAGAGGGAAAAUGGGCGGUCUGCAUCGCACGUUCCAUGGUACCUGCAGGAAGAUAAAGAAACAGCCGAGGAACGCCUUGUGCCUGGCGAUCACAUCCCCGAGACCCCCGAAGACUCCCCCGAAAUGCUCCCAACACUUCUCGAAUACGUCUACAAAGAGGUCGGCCUCGAUCAACUGAAACUUUAUGAUUUGCGGGGCCUUGAGGCCCCUGCGGCCUUGGGCGCCAAUGUGAUCAUGGUCAUUGGAACGGCGCGCAGUGUGAAGCAUUUGAACGUCUCUGCUGACCGUCUGUGUCGCUGGCUUCGAAGUCAAUACAAGCUUUCUCCACAUGCGGAUGGACUUCUUGGACGCAAUGAAUUGAAGAUCAAACUCCGACGAAAGGCCAAACGCGCUCGUGCGGCCAGUCACGCUGGAACAACGAUUGAUGAGAAAGACGAUGGCAUCACAACUGGUUGGAUCUGUGUCAAUGCUGGAGUCGUUGAUAAGGACAUGAAGAAGACGAGUCUUGCAGAUGCUGGGCUUGAAGGCUUCGGGCAGGUAGAACUUGGAACGAACGUCGUGGUCCAGAUCUUCACGGAGGAGAAGAGAGCUGAGGUCGAUCUCGACGGUCUGUGGGAGAGGACAAUCGAACGAGACGAAAGAAAUCGGCUGAAAGACAUGUCGCAGAUUGAUUUGAGUAGACAGUCUUCGUCGGACAGUCGUGCCUCUUACAGGAUGCGCAAUCAAAACGGCCAGAGGCGCGGAUUUCACACCAUUCGGCCCAUCAUGACUUCAAGCACUGGGUCUACUAGAUCUGAAAUGAUGGCUGCAAUUACGGCAAAAGGAAUCACCGCCAAGGCCGCUGAAGUGGAAAUGGGUACGGAUUCACUGCUUCGGAUGCUUCUGUCACUCCCUCACGAGAGAGUCCGCGCUGAGCUUGGCUCUGGGCCCAACGAUCGCACCUCUACUGUCUUCUUGCAGCUCUUAUACGGAAGCCUGACUAAUACUAUGUCUGCAAAGGACCUUGCGAUCUUCCGCCUGAAGCUUCAUUCCAUUGCCAUCUCAAGGCAACACCCAGCGUACAGUAAGGAUGAGCUCUACGGAGCCUUGGAAGACUUUCUUCGUGUCGGCUAUGAGCUGGAGGAUGAAACUGCUUUUGACAUCGUCGCUGCCCUCCUAUCUGCACGAGCCGACCGAAAAAGUGGUGGACCUUCUUCGCAAUAUCUCCCCCAAGAAGAUAUUGAGCUUGCUUUCCGUGUUCUGGAGCGGCUGAGUCUACGCGGUGUGCCCAUUUUUAACUUCAAAGUCUUCAACAUGCUAUACAAAGUGGUAGAUACACCCAUCAUCAAAUCUGGCGCGACUCUGCAAGAUGAUAUGCCCGAGACCGAGCGGCCUGUCAUGGGCACUAGCGGCAAGGAAUGGACAGCCUCUCAGCGACUCAUGCUCAACCGCUUAUCCAAGAUCGUCUCAGCUGCCGAGGUCGCAUUUGACGAGGAGGAAGCCCGAAAACUCAUGAUUACCCAAUUUCAGUGCGAAGACUACGAUGGGUUCUGGCGGAUAUGGCACCAAAUACCUCUUAAGGGCACAGGGCGUACCCAGGACGAUUACCGAAAUCUAUUCCAGCUACACGCUGAUCUCGGGGAGGAGCGUCGCGCACGCGAUUGCUUAUCGACGUGGGUGCCCAUGAUGGGUAACGAAAAUCCUGUCAUUGAACUGGAGGGCCCAAUCGUUACCUCUGUUAUGCAUUGCCUCUUGGUUGCAGAACCUGAAAUCCAGCAUCGAGUCGGGGAUAGGUCUCCCAGCUUCCAUCUCGAGCUCUGGCGGCGAUGCCAGGAUGCGCUUUCACAGCCACGGUUCUGA